GAACAAGUCAAACUUUGAGAAAAAAUUAACAACUAAAACAAACCCUUAUACUACUCUGUGGUAUUGCAAUUUUCUUAAUUCGUUUCCACUAUAUAUUUUUCUCUUAGAAGUUCAUCGAAUCAUUUAUAUAUAUAUAUAUAUAUAUAUCCACUGUAGAUAUGAGAUGUAUUUUUUUUUUUUUUUUGUGAAUUAAGUAGUAAACAUUUGAAUUGAAAUCGAUCCACCGUGGCGUAAAAAGUAAAAAGACUACAACAAUUAAUACGCGACUAUAUCGAAGAUGAAUUUAUUUUGUUAGUUACCUUUUUAAUAUUUAAAAUUCGAAAUUUGAACGUUAGGAAAAAGGAAAAGGAAAAAUUAAAGUCAAGUGUUUGUCGCGCAAAUCGAGCGUUCUCAUACAAUAAUAAUAAUUUUGUUAUCUCUUCUUCUCCGAUCUCUGCGUCCUGCUCUCUCUAUCGCUACCACCCCUCGUUCCCUUUUGAUUUUUUCUUUUUUCUUUUACAUCGUUUACUAAUCUCUCUGAUCCGGUUUGUGGUGUUGUUUAAUUAGUGUUUCUUUUUCUUUCUCUUUGUUAUCAAACUUAAGAAAGAAUGGGACAACAAUCUCUGAUCUACAGCUUCGUCGCUCGUGGUACGGUGAUCCUCGUCGAAUACACCGAGUUCAAAGGUAAUUUCACCUCUGUAGCCGCUCAGUGCCUCCAGAAGCUUCCGUCCUCGAACAAUAAGUUUACCUACAACUGCGACGGUCACACUUUCAAUUACCUCGCUGAAAAUGGCUUCACCUAUUGUGUUGUUGUUGUGGAAUCUGCUGGGAGGCAGAUACCAAUGGCUUUCUUGGAGCGAGUCAAGGAGGAUUUUAGCAAGAGAUAUGGUGGUGGCAAAGCUUCCACUGCUAAAGCCAACAGCUUGAACAGAGAAUUCGGGUCUAAAUUGAAGGAGCACAUGCAGUACUGUGCGGAUCAUCCUGAGGAGAUUAGCAAACUGUCCAAGGUUAAGGCUCAAGUGACUGAAGUGAAGGGUGUUAUGAUGGAGAACAUUGAGAAGGUCCUUGACCGUGGUGAGAAAAUCGAGCUAUUAGUUGACAAAACUGAGAACCUUCGCUCACAGGCACAAGAUUUUAGAACACAAGGAACAAAGAUGAAAAGAAAGUUGUGGUUUGAAAACAUGAAGAUAAAGCUCGUAGUCUUUGGCAUCGUCGUUGCUUUGAUUCUCAUCAUCAUUUUGUCGGUUUGCCAUGGCUUCAAGUGUUAAACUCGAUCCAGAUGGAUAUAUCAGACCAACAUUGCUACUAAUCUGAUUAGAGAUCCUCCCAGUAUAGUUUAUCCCUUUUUCUCGUUUUCUUCUGUAUUUUCCUACUUUUAGGCAUAACAAUGUGACUCGGUACCAAGAAUGAUCCUUAGGAAACCAACUGUUUUUAAGCA